GCUAUUUUUAUCUUGUGUGAUUGAUUGCUUGAAUGUUUGCAUUGUUCUGUGUUGUAUUUCAUCUUUGGAUCUUAACUGCAUUGCACCAUGACAUAUCAGAGUUCUGCUUAUAGCCAAUGUAAUUGUGACUGUGGUCUGUGUGAAGUGUGUCUCAAACAGUAUUCGAGUAAGUUGUAAAGCUGUUGAAAAGCUGUUUGUUAGUUUCUGGUGUAACAAAGUUAGAUAGCUGAAAGAUCUCAGAUGGUUGGUACUACAGGCAGUGAUGCAUGUAUAGGCUUACAUAUUUGUGAUAAUUUUGUAACUGAGAUAUAUAUUAAACCUUCUGUAAUAACACUGAAACUCUUCUACUAAGAAAAAACAGAGAAGUGAACAGCGUUUGAGGGUGUUAGCAACAGAGAAAAGGCUUGGGAUUCUUGUAAUUAUUUUCUGAGUGAAACAGAAGAGACAAGAGAAGGCAAGGAGAAAGGUUAUAUUGUAAAGAAUCUUUAUCUUGAUUACAAUAAUUAAUAUGGUGAAAUUGCUAUCUCUCGGUGAAGUAGGCCACAUUUGCUGAAACAUGUACUCGUGUUAAUCUCCCUUGUCCUAAACUUUUUUGGUUUUUGGUUUAAGUGUUUUUUUGUGCUUGUGUUGCUGUGUUGCCUGGUUUACAAGAAGCUUCUUAACCCAAUUGUUGUGACAAUUUGCAAUGGCUGCAAUGUAAUUGUGACUGAAAUUUGACUGCAAUUUAAAACCUUAACUAUAAGUAGUAGGAGCCUUAAUCAAUGCAGUUUCAUUCAAUUGUGCUUCUAAAGAUGCUUUUCAACCUGUAGAUGUUAGUGGUUAAUGAAACAUGGUUUUGAAUGAUGGUAGCUAUAGAGAACCAUAGAUGCCUACCUUAGUGAUAAAGAUAAUUUCCAUGCUGACUCUUGAUUCUGGUGAUGUUUAUCAUGUAUAAAGAACCUUUCUAGUGUUAGCUACGGGAAGUUUGGUAUUACAGAUUCCCCCCACCCUGAUACCAUCAGAUGUGAAAAUUCCAUGUCCAAAAUCUCCUAGAAUCAAGUUAUUUUUUUAUGAAUUUGUGUGGUCUUUUUUAUUUUUUGAAAGGCAAUUUGUGUGGUCUUUAACCCAAACUAGAAUCAAGUUAUUCACUUGUAUUGCCUGAGGACCUGUUGUUUGGGGUUUUGAUUUGCCCCAGGAUCAGUAUUGAAAGUAUAUUUUGUUUUCUUUGUUUGCUCCAUUUGAUAAUUACUCUCAAUUAGUUUUACAUCUAGAAUAUCCGACUAUGUAACAUGCAUUCAGGUAAAGUAAAAUGAAUUUCAGUAAUUAUUGAGGAAAAGAUCAACAUGGGUACUCUGAAAUUGGAUUCUUUAUGUUGGAGUUUUGAAGUUACCAUCUUGCACUAUCUCAUACACUACUUAGCUAUAGAGAUGGGAUUGAGAUCAGAAAAAAAGAGGGAGAAAAAAACCAAAUUAGGCAAUAUGGAUGAGAAAUUUGAAGAUUGUAUGCGAAUGACCCUUAUCUAACACUGGAUUACUAUGCAUCAACUUGCCCCGCUGUGUUUGACAUUGUUAGGAAGGAAAUGGAAUGUGCAGUGCUUUCUGAUCCCCGCAAUGCAGCCAUGAUAAUUCGGCUACACUUCCAUGAUUGCUUUGUUCAGGGAUGCGACGGAUCAAUUUUGCUUGAUGAUACAAUCACACUUAAAGGUGAGAAAAACGCAGCUACCAACAUCCACUCUUUAAAAGGCUUGGGAAUUGUUGAUAAAAUCAAGAACAUAGUUGAAUCAGAGUGCCCUGGAAUUGUUUCUUGCGCUGAUAUUCUCACUAUUGCAGCCAGAGAUGCUGUGAUUCUGGUGGGUGGACCUUACUGGGAUGUUCCUGUGGGAAGGAAGGAUUCUGUCACUGCAAAUUUUGAUCUUGCCAACACCAAUCUUCCCACUCCUGAUGAGAGCCUUCUCUCUAUCAUUGCCAAGUUUCUUUACCAAGGACUAUCUGUCACAGAUAUGGUAGCCCUUGUAGGAGCCCACACCAUUGGCAUGGCACAGUGUAAGAAUUUCCGUUCAAGAAUUUAUGGAGACUUGGAAUCAACCUCAGUGAAAAAUCCAAUCUCCGAGAGUCACCUAAGCAACUUGAGAUCUGUUUGUCCACCUAUUGGGGGAGGAGACAAUAACAUAACAGCAAUGGACUACAUGACACCAAAUCUCUUUGACAAUUCUUUCUACCAAUUACUACUAAAUGGGGAGGGACUUCUCAACUCAGACCAAGAAAUAUACUCAAGUGUGUUUGGAAUUGAAACUAGAGAGAUUGUGAAGAACUAUGCAGCAGAUCCUCUGGCUUUCUUCCAACAAUUCUCAGAGUCAAUGGUGAAAAUGGGAAACAUCACAAACUCAGAAAGCUUCUUCACUGGGGAAGUUAGGAAGAACUGCAGAUUUGUGAACACAUAAUAAUAGACUUCAUUUUUUGUGUUUUUUGUACGUUUUGUCCGUUUCCAUACACAAAGAACCAUCAAAUUCAUGCUAUAGCAAGUUGAUGUGUUAAAUCUAAGCUAGCAAUUUUAUUAUAUAAUGAACAUUAAGUGAGAAGUUGAUGAUAUCAUUCUUUUCUUCAUAUAAAAGGUGAGUGUUGAGUUUGAUAAUGAAAGUUGUAAGAGCCAACUCCUGAGUCGUAUGUCAUACAUUUAAUCUAUACAAGGAGUUGCUUUAAG